AUGAUGUUCCACUUGACAACCUUAAGCCUUACGAGGUUCUUAAAGGAAGAUCUAGAGAGAUCAAGCAUGAUUAAGGAAAUCAUAAGAUUGCAUGAUAAUAUCUCUGAAUUAAUCAGAGGUAGUAAGCCUUGGGAUGCAAGUGAAAUGAAAGCCGAUAAGAUAGGCUUGUUAUCAAAGGAUAUUGGCAAAGAGAAGGCCUGGAUUGUUUUGAUACGUGAUCACCAGUUAUGUUAUGAGAAGAUUUUCAAUACUACCAAGUGGAUGUUGAACUUUAAGUUUGACAUGAGCCUUGCAGAUAAAGUAGUAUUGAAAUUGGAUGUGCAUGAUGAAAAGGCCAAGCAGGAGGCCAUGAAAACAAUUAGUAGCCUCACAGGGAUUGAUUCAAUUGUUAUGGACAUGAAUGAGAAGAAAUUGAUAGUGAUCGAAUCCGUUGAUCCUGUCAUUGUAGUGAGCAAAUUACGAACCGUAGUGACUAUUAGGCAGGCCAAAGAGCCCGAAAAAAAAAAAGAAGAAGCCAAGAAAGAAGAGGGCAAAAAAGGUGAUGAUAAGAAGAAUGAUGAAGAAAAGCAGAUUGAAGAGCUUGUGAAGGCCUACAGAGCUUACAAUCCUUACAUGACUCAAUACUACCAUAUCCAUAAUGCUGAGGAAAACCCAAAUGCUUGUGUUAUCUGUUGA